UAGGAAACGGUAACUGCUCAGGGCCCCAAGAAAGCAGCUCUAGAAUUCGUUGACGUCAAAACCCCAACUUAGUGUUCGUUCACGACAAUGCCAGAGGCCGGCCCCUCCCCUCCCCUCCCAACCAACCCAACACCAGAACAGGAAUCAACUCUGUCGUAUCCAGGACCAAAGACACCCAUCGAUCACGUGGAGUCUGUCCCUUCUGGCCCUGAUCCACCCGCCCCAGGAUCUCAAUACUCCACAAUUCAAUGGAUCCUCAUUACCCUCGCCGUCUACUCUUCUGCCCUGUUCUACGGUCUUGAUACCACCAUUGUUGCGGUAGUACAAGGUCCGGUUGUAGAGCGCUUUGGUGAUGUAGAGAAGCUGGGGUGGUUGGGGAUUGGGUUUCCGUUGGGUAGCAUUGCUACAAUUGCAGCUUGGAGCAAGGGGUACGGGAUUUUUGAUACGAAAUGGAUGUAUAUUGGAAGUCUGGUCAAUUUUGCCGCUGGCAGUGCUCUUUGUGGCGGUGCUUCGAACAUGAAUGGUCUCAUAGUAGGUCGGGUCUGGGCAGGGGCGGGAGGCGCCGGGAUGUAUCUUGGCCAACUCAACAUCUGGACGCAGAACACGACUCUCAAAAGACGCUCCCUCUAUAUCAGCGGUGGAGGGAUUGUAUGGGGCGUUGGCUGCAUCCUCGGCCCCAUCGUCGGCGGCGCGUUCGCCGAUAGUUCUGCGACCUGGAGAUGGGCCUUCUACAUCAACCUCCUACUCUUUGGCUUCUUCUCCCCAGUCUACUUCUUCGUCCUUCACCCGCACAACCCCCGCCCGAACUCGUCUCUAUCCCAACGCCUCCAAGAACUCGAUUUCCUCGGCAUUCUCCUAAACGCUGGCACGUACACCACCUUCGUAAUCGGCUUCACCAUCGGCGGAACCGCCUGGCCAUGGAACGACCCCCGCACCAUCUCCACCAUCGUCCUAUUCGGUAUCUUACUUCUCUUCUUCACCCUCCAACAAUCCUUCACCAUCCUCACAACCCCUCAAAACCGGAUCUUCCCAAUGCGGUUCCUGAGGAGUCGGACGUUUAUCCUACUGUAUAUCGCACAAUCAUGCGUACAGACUGCGCUCGCAAUCCCGAUAUACUAUAUUCCCCUCAUCUUCCAAUUCUCACGCUCGGAAUCCACGAUCACUUCAUCCCUACGGCUCCUGCCACUCGUCAUCGUAAAUAUUGUGACGGUUUUUUUGAACGGAGCGCUGUUGCCGAAGUUUGAUUAUUAUAUGCCCUGGUAUCUCGUGUCAGGGGGUUUCAACUCCAUCGGCGGAGCAUUGUUCUUCGCUACUCUUUCCCUAUCAACCUCGACGGCCAGAAUCUACGGAUAUAGUAUUUUACUAGCUCUCGGAACGGGAUUUGCGCAACAAGCAGCAUACACAGUCGCUUCAGCCAAAGCGGGGGAUUGUGUCGCUGACGCUAUCGGAUUUAUUAACAACGCGCAAAUCGGUUCCGUAGUUGUCGCUCUUACACUUACUUCCCUUGUCUUCCAGAACGUCGGGUUCAGGAACGUCAAGCAAGCACUGCAAGGAACUGAAUUUCGGGAUCAGGAUAUUAGGGCGGCGUUGGGGGGAGCAAAAAGCAAGGUUUUUGAAGAUGCCGCGUUGAGUCCCGCAGUUAGAGUGGAUGUAGAGAGGGCUAUUGUGGAGGCGAUUAGAUGGAGCUUUUUGCUUGUGUUGAUUGCGGGGGUGGUGGGAUUAGGUGCGGGGAUGGGAAUGAGGAGGGAGAGGCUGUUUGGGAAUUCGGAUACGGUUAACGAGAAGGAGACGAAGGAGGGGAGAAGUGAGGAAGGGAAUGCGUGAGAAUUAGUGCGCAGUAACAGACCAAGUUUGGGUUGGUUAACUUGAUAUGAGAAAAGGGACUGAUUAUAUCAUCUCGUCUCCCUAGGCCUCUAAGAUCGCACAAUCCGAUCCGUUGAGUGGGAUUCAGUACUAUUCAGUAGGCUCCAAG